GGUACUAACCUAAACUAAAACCUAACCUAAUAUUUAUUUUACAUGUGUUUAAUUUGAACUGCAUAAGAAUAAAAUUUUACAGGAACUGCACAUUUAUCAAUGUUGUGAAAUUAAUAAUAUUUUAUAUUUUAAUUGUGUCCAAUAAAGUGGAGAAAAAUGGGUAAAAAAGCUAAAAUUGGAAAAGCUCGUAAAGAUAAAUAUUAUCAGUUGGCUAAAGAAACCGGAUACAGAUCGAGAGCGGCUUUCAAAUUGAUACAAUUGAAUCGAAAAUUCGAAUUUCUGCAGAAGUCGAGGGUAUGCAUAGAUUUGUGUGCUGCUCCUGGAGGAUGGAUGCAAGUAGCAAAGCAAAAUAUGCCCUUAUCGAGCAUCGUUAUAGGUAUUGAUUUGUAUCCAAUUAAGAGUAUACCAGGAUGUAUAAGUCUUGUCGAAGAUAUUACCACUGAAAAAUGUAAAUCUGCGUUAACAAAGGAAUUACAAACCUGGAAAGCUGAUGUUGUUUUACACGAUGGUGCCCCCAAUGUGGGUAAAAAUUGGCUCCAUGAUGCAUUCCAACAGGCUUGUUUAACAUUAUCAGCAUUGAAAUUGUCAACCCAGUUCUUGAGAAAAGGAGGAUGGUUCAUUACAAAAGUAUUCAGAUCUAAGGAUUAUAACCCUCUAAUUUGGGUUUUGAAACAGUUUUUCAAGAAAUUACAUGCUACUAAACCACAAGCAUCUCGUAAUGAGUCUGCCGAGAUUUUUGUUGUCUGUCAAUUUUAUCUUGCUCCUGAUAAAAUUGAUGCUAGGUUUAUGGAUCCCAAGUAUGUGUUUGAAGAACUAGAUAUUGAACCUAAAAAUGAACUCAGUAUUUUUCAUCCUGCUAAAACAAAAAAAAGUAAACCUGAAGGAUAUCCUGAAAACGAUUACACGCUAUAUCAUAGAUUACGUGUAGCAGAUUUUAUUAAACAUGAAAAUGGUAUAGAUUUAUUGCAAUCUGCUUCUGAGAUUGUUAUUGAUGAUCCUGAAGUAUUGAAUCAUAAAGAAACAACUAAUGAAAUCAAAGAAUGCUGCAAGGAUCUCAAAGUUUUGGGUAGGAAAGAAUUCAAGGUGCUCAUGUCUUGGUGGAAAAGAUUACAUACCGAAUAUAUUCAGAAAUUGAAGGGUGAGAAUGAAGAUGAAGAUGAACCCGAGGACCAGUCGAAGGAGAUAGAAGAUGUUAAGAGCGGUAGUGAAGAUGAAUUAGAGAAAAUUGAUCAACAAAUUCUAGAGCUGAAGGAAGAAGAUCACAGAGAAUUGAGAAGGAAAAGAAAGAAAGCACUUAAAGAGCGAAAAAAAUUGAAUGAUCGUCUGAACUUGAAAAUGGUUAUCAAAGGAGAUAGUGGUCCAAAAGAAGAAGAAGAAGGAUUAUUUGAUUUGAAACAAAUCAGUAGUUUGAUGAAGAUGAAGAAAGUUAUGGAUCAGACUCCUGAUGUUUUAGCAGAAUCAGAUGCGGACAGUGAAAACGAAGCACAAAAGUCAAAGUAUGUUAGAUAUUCAAAAGAUGACAGUCACAUUUCAAGCUCAGGAACCUAUUAUAAAGAUUCAGAUUCCGAAUUAGAAAUGGAGGAUAGUGAAGAUGAUGAAGAUAAAGUUGAGGAUGGCUUAGGUUUCAGCGACUCCGAACAGUCAGAUUCUGAACAUUCCUCCAAAACAAAGAAAAAGGUUAUGUUUUUAGAGGAAAAAGAACACCCUCUGAUAACAGAUUUAGACUAUCGUGAUAAAGAACAGAAGAAAACCCAGAAAGCACAAAUGUGGUUUGAAAGGGAUGUUUUCAAAAAUCUCAUUGACGAAGUUGAUGAAGAUGAAGACAUUGAAAGGACAAUAUCAGAGUAUAAAAGAAAGGGUAUUAAAGUGAUUGGGGAAGAAAACGAUGAUGAUAAAGAAAAGGACAAAGGAAAUAGCAGGAAACGUAAGCUAGAAGAAACACAACAGAAGAAUGGAUUAGAAAAUUUUUCCGAUGAAUCAGAUGAUGAUGAUUCUACUGAUAGUGACUCAGAUUAUGACAUUGAGACAGCACAUAAACCAGUGAAUAAUUCGAAAAAAGAUGGUUUUGAAAUUGUCAGUGGAGGAGGUGCACCUCUCGGCAAAAAAAAGAAAUACAAGUUGAACGAAGAAGAGAUGGCUCUAGGGACUAUGAUGAUCAACAGUAGGAAGACAAAGAGAGACUUGAUAGAUGCUGCCUGGAAUAGGUACGCUUUCAAUGAUGAGAAUUUACCAGAUUGGUUUGUCAAAGACGAAGAAAAAUAUAUGAAAACGGCUGUACCAGUACCUAAGGAAAUGGUUGAUGAUUAUAAGAAGAGAUUGGAAGAAAUUAACGUGAGGCCCAUCAAGAAGGUUAUUGAAGCUAAAGCUAGAAAGAAGAAGAGGGCUCUUAGAAAAUUGGAGAAGGCGAAGAAAAAGGCUGAAGCUCUGAUCGAUAGUGUUGAUAUCACCGAUCGUGAGAAGGCUAAACAAGUUAAUCAACUGAUGAAAAAAGCAAAACAAUCACCUAAGAAGGAAGUGACCUAUGUCGUUGCCAAAAAACACAUGGCUGCGAAGAGAAUGAGAAGACCUGUAGGUGUCAAAGGGCAUUACAAGGUGGUUGAUGCGAGAAUGAAGAAAGAUUUGAGGGCCCAAAAGAAUAAACUUAAGACCAUGGGCCGAUCGAAAAAGGGAAAAGGAGGUGCCAAGCCGAAAAAAACUAAGAAGAAAGAGAGAAGUUCUUAAUUAACAAAAUCAGAGACCUGUACAUAGAGUUAAACAUGAUUUUUGUUACUUGUAAAAAUAAAAAUAUUUCUAAAA